AUGGCUGAACACAUGUCACAAAGUUCCCCAAUGCAACAACAACAUUCCGCUGCUACGAGUGGAGCAGCAACGUCAACAUCUGCCACGUCUUCAUCGUCAAAUUAUCCUUGGCCAGAUCAAAAUGAGGGCAAACGAUGUUUCAGCAAUAACAAUAAUGGGAACAAUGCCAGCAAUCGAGGAGCCUUGAAAUGUGGUAAUAACAACUACAGCCAUAACAAUAACAAUAAUAAUGAUGAUGAUGAUGAGGACGAUGACGAAGUCGAUGCUGGCAAAAAUGACCAUCAGCUGCGCAUCAUUGCCAGCAACAACAAUAAAAAUAGUCAUGAAAAUACGGAGAUGAAGCACAUCAAGCAGGAGAUCAUGACCUCGUCUGUAGCUGUUGUCGACGACGACGACGAAGAUUCCGACGGCAACGAGCACUUGUGCAACUUGUGUCCCCAGAAACACGGCAAAUCCAAAAAGAAGAGAUCUUAA